AAUUUGGAGAGAACAGGUUGUGAACGAGAGAGAUUGAGUUGUAUGGUUGGGAUUUGGAUACGAAAAGGGUCACUUGAGAGCUUUCUCCCGCCACCGAACUAACUAUCCCUGAAUCCUGAUCGAAACAAUGAGAAUGAACGCCUUCUCUAUCUCCGCCUCCGCUUAUACUCACUCCUCUUUUCCCAAUUCACAUUCAUCAUCACAUCUACAACAACCACAACACGCACUGCUGCAAAAUCGGAAAAUUCAGAAUCUCUGCAACCACGGACCUAGCUUGAAGAAGCUUACACUGUUUAAUUUGAAUUCCAGAAGGAGGACAACUUUCAUAUGUGCAGCCAAAGGAGAAGCGGAAGAAGCUUUUAAGAAAACUGUUGAGCUUGAUAGACUCAUUGAUAUGCUUAGAGACGCUAAUCCUCGUGAACUUCAGAAACUCGUUGGUGAAAACAUUCUCGCUUUUAAUCCAAACUUCUGGACACGACUCGCUGCAAGAUCGGAUACUUGUAAAUCUGAGGAUGAUAAAAAAGAUUAUGAAGAAUUGGCAACAUCGGUUAUGAGUGUGGUGGAUCUUAUGGUUCUUAAGACUAAGGAAAGGAUAGAGUCUGCAACAGAUGUCCUGAAGGGAAUUCUAAAACCUGUUGUUAAUGAUGAAGGAGAGAUUCCUUGGCCUCCUCGAGAUCCUCAAGCACUCACAUUGAUGGAAAUGGAAAUAAAUCAAAGGGGCCAAGUAGGACAGCUGGAUGAAGGGUUCCUUGCCGAAGUUAGUGCACAACAAAGACAAGCAAAGGAAGAUGGUGAUAAGCCCGGGCUUGAGGCUAUGUUGCAAAAGGUUUUGCAGCUGUACGCUUCCAAGUCUCUCUCAAAACGUAGUUAUGCCAUGAAAGGUGAGGAAGUUUUGAAGGAUGAGCAAUUCCUUGAAACCAUAAUCCAAGCUCCUGAACAAGAAUGGAACGGUAUUUUGAUCAAAGGAUUAACAAUUGGUGCUGGGGAUGUUUCACCAGAGGAGCUCUAUGCUGUCUUGAAGAAACGAAGGGAACGCAUUUUAAUUAGAACUGAGGGAGGUUCUUACCAACAACGGAUUCUGACAGAGUACCUGAAAGGCAUAGAAACUAGAGCACAUGAGAUUGUUCAAGUGCUUCAGAGCCAGGGGAAACCACAAUAGCAUUUCUUCUUACCUGUUAAGAUGGGCAGCUGGAAUGUUGUAAUCCAUGGCAAUUUUACAUGAUGCUAGUAGCGACUUAUGAUAUCCAGAGCAGAUCAAGCUAAUAUGUAUAUUGGUGAGCUAGAGAAUGCUGGAUAAUCAUAUCUGCGAGCAAGUAGCACUAAGUACAAAUGCAUAUCAGUGGACUGACCUUCAUAAUAGCAUCUGGCUACUUUCAGGUAGUUUUGAGCUGCAGAUUAUAAGUAAUUUGUCCUGAAACCAAAGUUUGGGGCCAAAAUGUAGUAGAUUCAUCUUAGAAUCUGGCAAUAAUUAUUCUUCUACAUUUGUUUAUUAACAUAUGGAAUUGUGAAAAUAAGAGGAUAUUUUUUUCAAUGUACUGAAGUUCUUUGCA